UAUCAAAAAAUUCAAAAAGUUUACCAUCAAGGACAAUGAGUUCAUCAAUCAAAAGAUUUCAAGCCGCAUUUAAAAUUUAUUCAUUCAUAAAGCAUCAUAUAGAAAAGAGAAAAACUUUGAAAAUCAUUUCAUAUCUCUCAAAACUUCGUUCAAUGCAAAAUCAACUUUUAUUAUUAAAAUCAAUUAAUUUAAAAGGUAAUCUUACUUUUGAAUCAAAUAACAAUCAGGUUUUACCUAUUUCUGUUGAUAAUAAAGCAUUUUUAAUUUAUAAAGAAUCUAUUUUAAAGAUUCUUAAUAAAUUAAAUAAUGAUUUUUCUGAUGAAUAUUAUUUGGUGAGAGAGAGAAAAUUUUCUAUAAUAAAUACUGUAAAUAUUAUGUUAAGUGAAUUAGACAAUUUUCGUGUUCUACAAUAUAAAAAUUUCAUUAAAAACAUUGAAAAACAACACAGACAAGUCGAUGACGAUUUUGUAAUUAUAAAUAGAAUAUAAAAAAAUUGUUUUUUUUUUAUUUAUAAUAUUUUUAUUUUAUUUUAUUUUAUUUU